UCCAUCCGGUCAUCGCUGCUUUGCUGUCGCUAUGGGCUGCUCUUUGCUCCCUCUUUUCGUCGCUGUGCUGGCAGCCCGGUUUGUUGUCGCAGACCCGGAGGAACACGGUCCUGUCGACGGAGCUCCGCCUUCAAAGAUAGCUGUGGUUGGGGCAGGGAUAGGAGGCAGCGCCACUGCCCACUUCCUGCGUCAGCACUUUGGCCCAGAGGUCCAGGUGGACGUGUUUGAGAAGGGAGAGGUAGGAGGCCGUCUCGCCACCGUAACCGUCAAUCACAAUGACUAUGAGUCUGGAGGCUCCAUUAUUCACUCGCUCAACCUCCACAUGCAGGAGUUUGUCAAGCAGCUGGGUUUGAAGUAUCGUCGCAACGUGGCCGGAAAGAUGGCGGUGUUUAACGGCGAAGAGGUGAUUCUGGAGGAGACGGACUGGUACCUGCUCGACCUGUUCCGGCUGUGGUGGCGCUACGGUAUUAGCUUCAUACGUCUGCAGAUGUGGGUGGAGGAGAUUAUGGAGAAGUUUAUGAGGAUCUACAAAUACCAGGCCCACGGCUACGCCUUUAGCUCCGUAGAGGAACUGCUGGACUCUCUCGGCAGCGGCUUCAUCAACAUGACCCGGAGGCCGCUGUCCGAUUCGCUGCUGGAGCUGGGUGUGUCCCAACGCUUCAUUGAUGAGGUUAUCGCACCCGUGAUGAGGAUCAACUACGGACAGAAUGUCAGCAUCCCCGCCUUUGUAGGAGCUGUGUCUUUAGCUGGUGCCCAGAACAACCUGUGGGCGGUGGAAGGAGGCAACAAGCUGGUGUGUUCAGGCCUGCUGAAAAUGGCCAGUGCUAACCUGCUGCAGGCGCAGGUCAACUCCAUCUCUCCCAUCCACUCAGGAGAGGGACUCCAGUACCAGCUGAGCUUCACCACGGCAACAGGGACGGCAUCAGAGCUGUAUGACAUUGUAGUGUUGGCGACGCCUCUACAGGCUAGCGUCGGGUCUGGAGUCCAGUUUCAAGGUUUCACGCCUCCGUUUGAUGAGCUGCCUGGCAGCUAUCACAGCACUGUAGCAACCAUCGUCCAUGGUUACCUCAACACUUCUUUCUUUGGGUUCCCGGAUCCCCGUCUGUUCCCUUUCGCCAGUGUCUUGACGACCGACACACCUGAUCUGUUCUUUAACAGCGUGGCUAGUGUUUGUCCCGUCAACAUCUCAGCAGGGUUCCGGCGUAAGCAGCCGCAGGAGGCUGGAGUCUACAAGGUGUUCUCCCCACAGCUGCUGGAAAAGUCUCAGCUCAAAACGCUAUUCAGGUCGUACUACUCAGUGCAGGUGACGGAGUGGCAGGCCUGCCCUCGCUACAGCAGCAGCCAGCGACUGCCACCUGUGGAGCUGCACCCCAAUCUCUACUACCUCAAUGGGAUUGAGUGGGCUGGUAGUGCCAUGGAGAUGAGCUCAGUGGCUGCCAAAAACAUCGCCCUGCUAGCCUACCACCGCUGGAAUAGACAGACAGACAUGGUGGACCAGAGAGAUCUGGUGCAUAGGAUCAAGACCGAACUAUAACCUGACAAACGAAUGCUAAGACCCCGAUGGGUAAUGUGAUGUAUGUCUGAGUGUAUGGAGUCACCCAACCAAAUUGUAAACUUUUGGGGAUUUUGACCAGUGGCAAGCGGAUUUAGAUGUGCAUUUAUAUAAUAUAACCUUUCGUGAAUGCAUUGAAUUUAUUCAGUCAGUACAGUAAGUUGAACAGAACUUGACCCUGCUGCCUCCUAACUAAACAUAAACAUCAAAAACCAUAAAUCAAGUCAUUAUAUUGGCACCAUUAUAGACUCUGGUCCUGCUCCGCUACCCAAAAGGCCCGUUUCAUUUCACUGAUUCUCUGUGCCACAUAAAAGAGACAUGUUGCAGUUUUGUUUGUGGAUUUAUUGCCAAUGCUAAUUGGCAGUUUCCAUCCAAAAAUGAUGCCGCAAGAACCUUUCCUUUGCCAAGAAAUAAGAAAACCAAGCAAAUGUGGAGAACACCAGCUGGCGUACUGUAUACUGUAUGGACUGUUAGGAGGUGGUGGUGCUGUUAAUGAACACCAUUUAAUAUAAAUACCAGUUUACGGUUUUGGUACUGCUCUUCUUAAACAAAUGUUUCUGUUUCCAAGCCAAGAAAGUGUUUAGAACAAUAAGCUGUUGUACAGUAUGUAACUAAUCACUCAUUUAACUUUGUCAUCUAAUCAAAACCACAGCGCUGCUGCUGCUACUCUCUGUAAAUGUAGGGACUGUUAAUGGACUGGUUGUUGCCACCAAUGAGAUCUCAUUAAAGUAAUCUCAGUAGGAUUUCUGUAAAUUAAUAAUUAUUCACCAACCCAUGGUAGUGGCCACUGGUGCAGUGCUCUAUUGUCCCUUUCAUCAUUAUCUCCCCUUCCUGCUGCUUUUGUUGCAUAAUCCAGCGGAAAUAAUUUUUUUUUCAGGGAAAUGAGCCAGCCGGCUUUCACAGCAGACUGAAUAAGAGCAGAGGACAGAUCCGUGCUGCUGCUGCUGCUGCUGCUGACCACAAAUGUUUCCAUUUUCUCGCAAGCAUUAAAAGCCUCAGUGGGAAAAAAGCUUUUCUGCUGAGGACUUUAAUCAUGCAAAGCACACACGUGAAAAUUUUGGGUUUCACUUUCAGAAUGGGGAAAAUGUUUGUACGAAGACACAAUGAGAAACCGAUGACAGCUGAUUAUCUUCAUGUGACUGUUUGAGUUGUCUUGUUUUCUUAAUUUCUAAUUUAUCUACACUGGAUUUGGGCUGAAGUGGAUUUCUAGAAAACCUUGUGACUCCAAAGGGCUUCAGUUGAUGGAUAAUGUGAUUUCUGUUGUGUGUUGAAAAGUUGCUGAUGACACUGAUUUAAAACACUGUGAUGGCUUCAGAAACAAUGUGAUGGAAACUGUGUAUAUUUUAGUCAUUUUUUGGAAAAUUUCAAAUUCAAAAAAUUGCUUUUUUAGGUAGAACGGUAACAUUUGUAGCUACAGUACUUGUAUGUACAUUUUCUAGUAAAUACACAUCUCAAAUACUAUUUAGACUACUUGUCUAUGUCAGCUGUUCUGAUCUUGAAAACAUGAUCAGAUUAAAGAGCAGUGAGAAGAAUGAGAUCUUAAAUUGGAAUUAUCUGGCAAACUCCUGUAUUUAAGUUCUAAAUGUUCCCGUUCUAAAUGGUGUACAUUGAAUAGUAUAGUCAUAAAGAUGUACUGUAAGUACAUAGUAAAAGUACUGCAAUAAAUUGCCCCUUGGUAUUAGUCAUUA